UGUCUUGGGGAUUGCUCAUUAUAUACAGGAGGCACCUUCUCUCCUCAUCACUGAAGGUUCAUUACCACCGCGAACAUGGAGGGCUUAUGGAAAGGUUCGGUGGUGCUGGUGGUAGUCUAUUUGGCUUCCUACCAAGCUGCUGCAAGUCCCCUGUCUUGGCAGAAAGAGUGUACAGAGGACCCAGAAACAUGGUGUCAGGACUUCCCGACGGCACUGAAAUGCGGGACCUUGGAUUACUGCCAGCAAAUGAUGGGACUCAAUGCCCCCGUGAAAAACCUGAAAUGUUCUAUGUGUAAACUCAUUGUAAUAAUGAUGGCGAAUAUUAUACAAGACAAUUCCACAGAUGAAAAGCUCUGUAAGUUUUUGGAGAAGGGAUGCCAGUAUCUUCCUUUCCAGGACUGGUCAGUCAAGUGCAAGAAGGUGGUGGACACUGGAGUUGUAAUUCUUAUAGAACUUGGAAAACAAGUGCAGGAUCAGCCUCAAAUCGUGUGUGGGGCCUUCAGGCUGUGUAGUUCUCGAGCUACCGUACAAGAAGUCUUGAAAUUCCAGAAGCCUUUAAAGCCUGAAAUCAUGGACAUCGCUGACAUGUUGACUCCUUUCAUAGCUAACGUGCCUCUUCUCCUCUACCCUCAAGAGGAGUCCCCAUCUGACCCUCAGAUGGGAGAAAAAACCUGCAGUCACUGCAUGGAAGUAGCUGCUGAAAUGCAAGAAUCCAUGAAGAGCAGCCCCUUCCUUGUCCAGUCCUUAGCCAUUCAUGUCAAACGGCAAUGUGACCUUCUGCGAUCUGACCUGAUAGAUGAGUGCAAGAAAUAUGCCUUUGGUUACUCGCAUGCUUUUGUGCAAGUCCUGAUUCACCUCUUGGAACAGCCACCAAAGGCUAUUUGUGGUAAAGCUGGAUUCUGUGACUCCGCAGCAUCUGAGCCUUUUCACACUUUGGUGCCAGCCAACCAUGGCCCCCACAUCUUGGAUCUGGAAGCACCUGUAGAGAAAAUUCUGAACGAAGAACAGCCCUAUGCUUUAUGUGGCUUCUGCAAGAAAAUGAUAGAAUUAGCAGAGAGCAUGGUGGAGAACAAUGUCACAGAAGAGGAAAUAGUCCACCAAAUGGUGAAAGUCUGCUAUAUGUUGCCCCAUGAUGUCUUACCCCAGUGCAAGGACUUUGUCGACUCCUACGGAAUGGCUAUUGUUAUUAUGCUAUUGGAUGCAACUAAACCUGAAUCUGUGUGCAUCAUAAUCAAAUGUUGUCCCAGAGAUGUCCCUUUAAGCACUGAAGGGGCAGCUCUUGAGCAGCUACCGAAAUACAACGAUGGCGAAUUCUGUCAUGCGUGUACACUUCUUGUUAAAUACUUCGACGAAGAGUUAGCGAAGAAUGAAACACAGAAACAGAUUGAAUCCAUGCUUGUUAAAGCUUGCGAGUUACUACCAGAUACUUUGGUGUAUUCAUGUGAUCAACUUGUGUCGCAAUAUGAGCCAGUUGUCCUCGAACUCCUGAUCCUGAUCAUGGAACCAAAAUCCUUGUGUGCUAAGAUAGGAGUGUGUCCUACAUCUGAUGUUGUGGGCAUGGAAGCCUGUGCCUGGGGCCCUCGCUACUGGUGCAAGAACCUGAGGACUGCAGAACAGUGCCAGGCCACUGAAUACUGCAAGCGUCAUACAUGGAACUAGAGGAAGCCCUUUCCUGGGAAGAAUGUUGGCUGUGGUUUUAAUUAACGCAUCCUGGAAUUUGGCUGGCUGGGAAACAGUGAAAUGUCUCAACCUUAGCGGAGCCCUAUCUUCCUUUCCCACCUUUGGUUUAGCUUGUAGGCUGCCUGCACUGCCUGCACCUGCACUGCUCAAAGGGGGAGGCAACCUUUUGUUCACAAUGCCCUGGGUCACCUUCCUUCUGGUUUUGACUCUUGAGCCAUGGUGGGGAAGGGACAUGGGUGCGAAAGAGAGGCUGGGAGGGUGGGGGGUUUACUUGAGUAGCUAAGAAUUUCCUUAGAACAUGUUUUAUUAUAAUAUGAACAAAUUGCCUUAUGACAAUAGAAUGUCUGCAUAAUAAGAAUAAGAACAGAACCGGCUUGUAAAUGAAUGUUGAAUUUUGAGUAUGUCUUUGUGUAACUUGGGGGAGAUGGUUUAGGGCUUUGUGGACAGGUGAGCUAAAAGACCCACCAAGGGCCACUAACUCAAUUCUCGCAUCAGUACUGAAGGGGGAAUCACCUUCUAACUUCCCAACUCAUGAAUGGGUGUCUGACCUUGAGGCUGAAAAUUCUAAGGCAUCUAUAUUCCUAUCAUAAACUUCGAGUGUAGACAAACUGAAAGAAUUAGAAAGCACUGUCUGAUUGUCCAAAUGAAGUAUGGGCAGAUAUAAGGUAAGGGAAGAAUUUGCUGCCUUUAUUUGUAUAGCUUAAACCUGGUUUCAGUUAAAACCUUUCCUGUUUGCAAUACAGCACCCAGUCGUCCCAUAGGAGGAUGCACAUCACCAUGGUUCAGUAGGCACAGGUGAACAUCAUGACAUGUAAUCUAACAUGAUGGAAGGCGGGUGCAUAAAUAUUUUAAAUACAUAAAAUAAAAAUGAAUUUACACAUUCACAUUGGAUGGAUGUGCAGAAGUGUGCUUAAUCAGAGUAUAAUUACGUAUACUGGAUUUUAGAUUAAUGAAGGCUGCUAUCCUAUAUCUGCUUACUUGGGAGUAGUCCCUAUUGAAACCAAUAGGGCUUACUUCUAAUCAUGGAUUGCACUG